AGGGAGGGUGGACGAGGAGAGAAGCGCAGAAAGCGAAAGAGUUGUGCUCUUCUCCAUGGGAGGCUGUGUGGGCAGUCACCAUGACUCGGCCAGUCUGAACGGAAACUCGGACGGAACCGGAGUGGCCUUGGGGAGGAACCAGCCUUUACGGAGGGAAAAACCUAAAUGGAAGAGUGACUACCCGAUGACAGAAGAGCAGCUGCGCAGUAAGAGGGACGAGUUCUGGGACACGGCUCCUGCCUUUGAGGGCCGGAAAGAGAUUUGGGACGCGCUCAAAGCAGCAGCACAUGCUUUUGAGAGUGAGGAACAUGAGCUGGCUCAGGCCAUCCUCGAUGGAGCCAGCAUCACUCUGCCUCAUGGCACCUUGUCUGAGUGCUAUGAUGAGUUGGGCAAUCGCUACCAACUGCCAGCCUACUGCCUCUCCCAACCUGUCAAUAUGAUGGAGGAGCGAGCCAGCAGUGACCCUGAGCUCCCACAGACCCCAGACCUCUCUGAGGCCCCAGCUGAGAAAGGCCAAGAGGUUCAGCUUCGCUUGCGUCUCUCCACAGGACGGGAUGUGCAUUUGGACGUAUAUAGCACCGACUCCGUGAGCCAGAUGAAGGGCAGGCUACAGGCAGAGGAGGGCCUGGCCACUACCGCCCAGCGCUGGUUCUUCUCGGGUCGUCCACUGGCCGAUAGGAGCACUCUGGAGGAGCUACGCAUCCCUGCAGACUACAUGGUCCAGGUGAUCAUGAGCGACCCCCCACUGCCAUCUCCAGACCGCUUGGUGCCAGAGGUCAGCUAGAACUGACCAGUCUUUUCUUACUGACACAGACCUCACGAUAAAGAGAGGUGUUGCAUCUUUUUGCACUGUUAUUUUCAUUAUUAAUAUUAAAUAUUUUCAUUUUGUUUUCCAAAGAAAUUAUAAUUUUUUUAAAUGCUCUUUUUACUCUACUGCCCUCUCAUGUCUGAAGAGAGAAACUGCAGCUGAUGUUUUCAAGCAUUCCCUGGCAGGAGAUGGAGAUGAUUUCACAAGCACUCAGAUUGUAAGACUUGUUACAUGCGUAAGAUUUUUAAUGCAUAUAAUAUACAGUACUGUGUAAAUGCAAGUCACUCUUUUAUUAGUUAAAUUUUCAGUCAAAAUGUCCAUUAAGUGCAAUGUAUACAUUUUAUUUAAAGAGGAAACACAUUCAACAGAAAAUGACACAAAAUCAUCUAACAAUACAUAUAACAUAAAAUCUAUUAGUAUUUAAUUUGUCUUCUUUAUACUUUUGUGUGUCAGCCUACUUAAUUUGUCCACUUAUCCAUCCUUCCAAUCCUAAAACCAUUUUUUCCUUUUAAAAAGACACCAAAUAGGACUGUCAGUCACUGUUUGACACAUGGGCCCUAAAAGAAUGGAAUUUCGAAUAAAGUGCAGAGUGCAGAAAGUGGACACACUAAAUUCUAAAAAAGGAUAUUAUAUUUUAGUGCUGUGGCUUCUGUGUGUUCUCCUUUAAAUACAUGUUUUCUGCUUAUUUCGGAAGCUGAAAAUGUAAUAAAACAUACUUAGUGGCCUUUUUGACUAGAAAUUAAAUAAAUGAAAGGGUGGUCUCUGACUUUUGCACAGGGCUACGUAUGGGUAAUAGUUUUUUAUGAAUACUAUGUAUGCAGUGACAUGACAAGUUUUACAUAUGUUAUAAUAGCUUAUCAUUAUGUUCAACUGUGAGAUAUAAUCAUAGUGCUGUUUUGAUGUAUGUAAAUGUAUCAGAACAGUGCAUGAUGGGCACUUAAGAUGCUGUGUGACACAAUUAAGGAAUGUACGGUUACAUGGACAUACAUUUCAAAACACUUGAUCCUGUAUUUGGUUCUAAAUGCUGCAGAUUUUGGAAUAAAUGAGUUUAUUUAA